AGGAGCACACACCACCAUCUGCACACACACACACACGCGCGCUUCCUUCUGAAAUCCCUAUCGUCGCAGUAGAGUCCCUAGCCAUCCACUGAGCUGAAAUGGCGCCGGCGAGCGUGAAGGUUUUCGGGUCACCCACCUCGGCGGAGGUCGCCCGUGUGCUCAUGUGCCUCUUCGAGAAGGACGUCGAGUUCCAGCUCGUCCGCGUCGACGCGUACCGCGGCCCGCACCGCAUGCCUCAGUAUCUCAAGCUUCAGCCGCGCGGCGAGGCGCUCACGUUCGAAGAUGACAACCUCACCCUCUCUGAGUCGAGGGGAAUCCUUCGCCACAUCGCGCACAAGUACGCGAAGCAGGGGAACCCGGACCUGAUCGGCACGGGAGCGCUGGAGCGCGCGUCCAUCGAGCAGUGGCUGCAGACGGAGGCGCAGAGCUUCGACGUGCCGAGCGCCGAGAUGGUCUACAGCCUGGCGUUCCUUCCGGCGUCCCUGCCGAAGCAGAACGACAACGGCAACUGCAACGGAAGGGGCGUCGUCCAGGCGGUGAACGCGUCGAGCAAGCGCGUGGCGGCCGGGGCGCCGGAGGGGAACCCGGCGGCGAGCGGCGGCAUUAACGGCAGCAAGCAGCAGAAGGAGGAGGAGAUGCGGAAGCUGUUCGAGAAGAGCAAGAAGGACCUGGAGAAGCUGCUGGACAUCUACGAGCAGCGGCUGGAGGAGGCGAAUUACCUGGCCGGCGACAAGUUCACCAUCGCCGACCUGUCGCACCUGCCCAACGCCGAUCGCCUGGCCUCCGACCCGCGCUCCCGCCGCAUGUUCGAGGCGCGCAAGAACGUGAGCAGGUGGUGGAACAAGAUCUCCAGCCGCGAGUCGUGGGAGUACGUCAAGAGCCUGCAGCGCCCUCCGUCCACCGUCAUCGACGCGCACGCCACCGACGGCCAGCAUCAGCACGCGCCGCACGCCGGCGAGCAGCAUCACGGCAGCAACAACCACCAGCACCAGCAGCAGCAGCAGCACUACCGCAACGAGCAAGUCGAGAACUACUCCACCAACUAAACAUGGAUGCAUCGACGAGCUGCAUGAUUUCCAUGGGGCUUUCACGUAUGCUUCCUACUUGUGUUAAUUUGUCGCAGGUUGUCUGGCACUCUGGCUCUCUGGUCCCCCAGUUUUUCAGCAAGUGUUUUGUUCGGCAUCGUGUGUUUUUUUUCUAAUGGUCACAGUUGACCUGUUGUCCUUGUAAUAAAAUGUCAGCCAGACCCCUUCGAAAUGAACUUCAAGUUUUGAUUGUGUCCACGAAUUUGAUGACUCUGCUUAAUUUUAGAUCUCAUGUACAACCAAUGCA